AUGGCAGCCUCGAACAAUACCUGUGGCGGUGCAACAUCAUCCUCCUGUGGUAGCAGUGCUCGACGUUCUCCCGUGACCAAGGGAGUGAGUGAAAAAGGGCUAUGGAAGCUUUACAAGAGAUUGGCAGUUGGUGGUAGUGGAGGUCAUGAAGAAAGUGAAAUGCAUGAAGACACAGAGGAAAUCAAUGCAUUGCUUUAUUCUGAUGAUGAUGACAGUGAUUAUAAUGAUUGUGAUGAUAACGAGAUAACAAGUACAGACCAUUCCCCUUUGGUUACUAAAAGGACCUAUGGUAUGCAAGAACAAUUUCAACACACAACUGAGGGAGUUGCUAGCUAUGAUUGGCCUAACAAAAGGCCGAAGCUAGUUGAUGGUGACUGCAAUAGAUCACCACAACCUGUGGACAGUUCCAGUUCGUUAAGACCAAAUGAAAACCACGAGUGCAUUAGUGAUGCUGAAUCACAGAAUUAUUUUGGCGCUGAGAAAGUAGGUAAAUCAAUAGCAGGUGAUUUUCAGUUGAAAAAGGACCAGAUUCGAGAAUUAUUGAGAGUUCUUGAGAACUUGAUUCCUGGUGCAAAAGGAAAGCAGCUACUUUUUGUCAAUGAUCAAACUAUUGAGUACUUGAAAUUUUUAGUAAACUAUAAUUAG